AUGAAGGGGUAUUUUACGCGGGGAUUGGUCAUCUCGAUGAUGGCACCCGCAGCAUAUGCACAGGCUACAAGGGCUAUAGCUUCGCUGAGUGCAGCAGCGGCAACUGUGACAACGAGCCCUUCUGCUGCGCCGCCCUUGUUCUCUUAUGAAGCAGUACAGCUGACUGAGAGUGCAUUGGCUAGAGCGGAUACCGCCCUUAAUAAUGCGACCCUAUCGAGAAUAUUUGCUUUUGGGGCAAGUAACUCGACUAACAGCAGCGGAACCCCCCAGCAUCGCUGCAAGGUCAUGCCAGGGGAUGCGACAUGGCCAACUGAAUCGACCUGGAGUAUUUUUGACCAGUUGCUUGGUGGUGGGAGCUUGCUUAAGCCUGCACCUUUGGCAGCGUCCUGCUACCCCAACUGGCCCCAAUAUAAUACCGAGCAAUGUUCUGAGGUAACAUCGAACUGGCUUGAAGACUCUUUGCACUCCAUCAUGGCACCCUUGGAUGAGGGUCGCUCGUGCAUGCCCAUAGGGUACAACUAUACCAGCACCUGUACUCAAGGCGCUUACCCUACGUACGUCGUCAACGUAUCCACUGUUGCUCAGAUUCAGUUGGCUGUGAACUUUGCCCGAAACCAGAACCUUCGCUUGAUAGUCAAGAACACCGGUCACGAUUUUAACGGCAAGCCAUCAGGAAAAGGAGGUCUGUCGAUUUGGACGCACCGACUCAAAAACAAGGCUUUCUACCCCUCCUUCACGUCUGACGGUGGUUAUGUUGGACCUGCUAUAAAGCUGGGAGCUGGGGUUCAAGUUUCGGAGGCGUAUGACUUCGGGAAAGCGUUGAAUGUGACCGUCAUCGGAGGCGGAUGUCUCUCUGUUGGAGUUUCUGGUGGCUUCACACUUGGUGGAGGCCACUCGCCAUUGAGUAGCAUGUAUGGCAUGGCGGCAGAUCAGGUUUUGGCUCUGGAAGUUGUCUUGGCGGACGGUCGCUUUAUUACUGCAACUUCCAAGCAGAACUCAGACGUCUUCUGGAUGCUUCUCGGUGGUGGAGGCAGCACAAUUGGCGUGGUAACAUCCAUGACCAUCAAGGCUUAUCCGGAAUUGCCCACGACAAUCGUAACUUUCAACUGGACGAUGAACGACACUCCAAACGCUGAAGCGUUCUGGGCCGCUUUCCAGUCUUACCUAGACCACUUCGAGGACUUUGUCAACGCUGGAACAUAUGGAUACUAUUUGCUGGGAUCCUCGGCAGCUGAGAACGGGCAAGCUUCUUCCAAUGACACUGACUACAACUUCCGCAUGGUUUCCUUUGUUGCACCCAACAUGACCAUUCCGCAGACGCAGAGCCUUCUCAGACCUUGGUUCAAUACCCUCAAUAGCCUUAACGUCAGCUUCAUUCCCAUUUAUAGCCAUGCGGAUAACUUCUAUGAAGUCUGGGAGGAGGAUAAUUUUCCUCUGGAAACCGGUGGAUUGGACAUAUACAAGUUGGCUUCCCGUCUUCUGCCUCGAAAUGUGUUCGAGAACCAAGACCUCCGUAACAGGAACUUCCUUGCUCAAAAGGACGCCGUUGAGAAGGGCUUAUUCAUCAUGGGCUUCCACAUCAGUGGUAAAGGAAGCGCUGUCGAGCCGCCGACGGACAUUGCAGUUUUGCCGGCAUGGCGUGACGCUCUCUCUCACGUCAUCGUCGCAACCGAAUGGGAGUUCACCUCGAGCUGGGAAACAGUCAAAAAUUCUUCACUCUUUGUGACGAACUGGAUGGAUGCUCUGCGGGAGCUCUCUCCCGACUCUGGCGCGUAUAUGAAUGAGGGUGAUUUGUUGGAGCCCAACUUCCAGCAGGCAUUCUAUGGUGCCAACUACCCGCGGCUGUAUGAGUUGAAGCAGAAGUACGACCCGACCGGGUUGUUCUUUGCUCUUACGGCGGUGGGAUCGGAGGACUGGGAAGUUCAAGUCACGGAUCCUUUGCCGUAUUCGUGGAACAAUAAUGGGCGGUUGUGUCCGAGAUCUUCUUGAAGAGGGGUGAGGUCAGUGCACGAAUGAUACGUGAAGAGUAGCGCUUAGAGCCAUCAAAAUAUUCACUGCUAUCGUACUUGUUCUCGGUGGAAGGACAGGGGUAUAGAGCGGUUGUCAGUCAAUGCAGGCAAGCAGUUAUAAUUAUAAUCAGAUGAUUGAUUCCCCAUAAUCGAAAUGAUCCCAAGGCAAGGAUAGAACGUCAAGA